GCUAUGCUGCGUCACUUCCGGCGUGUGCGUCCGGCGUCCGUCCGCCGCGGGAUGGCCGCUCUGAGGAGUUGGAUGUCCCGGAGCGUAGCUUCCCUGUUCAGGUAUGGGCAGCGUGUGCCUGUUUCAGCUAACCCUAAGAAACACUGUUUCUCAGAGUUGAUAAGACCAUGGCACAAAACUAUGUUGGCUGGAUUCGGUGUGACACUGUGUGCAGUUCCUAUUGCUCAGAAAUCGGAGCCCCACUCUCUUAGUAACGAAGCGUUAAUGAGGAGAGCUGUGUCUUUGGUAACAGACAGCACUUCCACCUUUCUGUCACAAACCACGUAUGCGCUGAUUGAAGCAAUCACCGAGUAUACUAAGGCUGUUUAUACGUUAGUGUCUCUGUAUCGACAAUAUACAAGUUUACUUGGGAAAAUGAAUUCACAGGAGGAAGAUGAAGUGUGGCAGGUGAUUAUAGGAGCCAGAGUUGAGAUGACUUCAAAACAGCAGGAAUACUUGAAGCUGGAAACCACUUGGAUGACAGCAGUUGGCCUUUCAGAGAUGGCUGCGGAGGCUGCCUAUCAAACUGGAGCAGAUCAGGCCUCUAUAACUGCCAGAAAUCACAUCCAACUGGUGAAGUCACAGGUGCAGGAGGUACGACAGCUCUCCCAGAAGGCAGAAACCAAGCUGGCCGAAGCACAGACUCAAGAACUACACCAGAAAAUCCAGGAAGCCGGUGAUGAGAGGGCUGACCAGGAAGAGGAGGCCUACUUGCGUGAAGAUUGAGGGCUUGAGCUCAGUGCCCUGUCCACCCACCCAGUGGGGAAAGCGGUGGAUGGCAUUCACCUAGUGUCACCCCAACUCCACAGAGGCAACAGGUUCUGCCUUUGCCCAUCAGACCGGAAGCCUUUUGUGAGCUGUGCCUGGCCCCUUCUCUCUGGUCUCACUCAGCCUUUAUGGUCCUGAUUCUUAGCCCUCGGGCAUGGUUCGAUACUCCCUCAGCACAGCUCCUCUUUUGCUGAUCUUUUUAUCUCACACCAACCUGGGCCAGAGGAGGAAGGGUCUUUCCUGCCACACCUUUCAGUUCAUAGCUGUUUUAGCUAUAGUUUUUAAUAUUACUCAGAUUUUCAAGUAUGAUUUAGCAUUUGCUCCUCCACAGGGCAGGAAGGAGCCUGUCUGGUUUGUUAAGAUUUCUGUUAUAAUGUGACCACAGCUCAACUAAGGAGCCACUCAGAGCAUGAACAGUGUUCACCUGGUGCUCCCCACGGGACCUUCUCUAACACAUGCUUCUUGGUUGUUCCUUCUUUCCUUUGAGUUUCUCUGCUGUGUCCAAAGGAACAGAAGUUUGAUGUUUGCAAUAAUAAUAAAAAAAAAGCUUUGGGGCUGUCA